CAGCAUUUAAACUCCUCCUCACACCUCCACUUGCACUUGAUGGAAAUGGAGAACCACAACAAAAGACGACAGAGCAGUCAGGAGGAUCUACUGGAAGAUGACAGGAGUCUGGGCUGCUGUGGCUGGGCGUUGGUCAUUCUGGCGGGAAUCUUGGCUGUCCUUCCCCCCUUCUGCCUCUUCUCCGUGUUCAUGUGCUUCAAGAUUGUUAAAGAAUAUGAGCGGGCUGUCAUAUUCCGACUGGGGCGCAUUGUGGACAAGAAGCCAAAGGGACCUGGAAUAUUCGUCAUUCUGCCGUGCACCGACUCCAUGGUGAAGGUGGACCUGAGAACAGUCUCCUUUGACAUUCCACCCCAAGAGAUCUUAACCAAGGACUCGGUGACUGUGUGUGUGGAUGGAGUGGUGUACUUCCGGGUCAGCGACCCCAUCAGGUCCGUCGCCAACGUGUCCAACGCAGACUCUGCUACCCGCCUGCUGGCCCAGACCACUCUGAGGAACAUGCUCGGAACCAAGAACCUGUCUGAGGUUCUCUCCGACCGUGAGGUGAUUGCUCACGGAAUGCAGUCGACCCUGGAUGAGGCAACGGACCAAUGGGGCAUCAAGGUGGAGCGGGUGGAGAUCAAGGACGUCAAGCUGCCCAUACAGCUGCAGAGAGCCAUGGCCGCAGAGGCAGAGGCCACCCGGGAGGCCAGAGCAAAGGUGAUUGCGGCGGAGGGAGAGAUGAACGCGUCGCGCGCUCUGAAGGAGGCAUCGCUGAUCAUCGCCGAGUCGCCCUCGGCCCUCCAGCUGCGCUACCUGCAGACCCUCAACACCAUCGCCGCCGAGAAGAACUCCACCAUCGUCUUCCCCCUGCCCAUGGACAUGAUGACCCAGUUCAUGAAGAAGUAGAGGACACGAAGACACACACAGAUGCACACACACACACCACACACACAGAGAGAGAGAGAAAGAGAGAGACAGGGAGAGACACACAGACACAGACACAGACACAGACACAGACACAGACACAGACACAGACACAGACACAGACACAGACACAGACACACACACACACACACACACACACACACGCUCACAUGACAAUCAGGUUAUAAUCUUCAGAAAUUGUGAAGUACUUGGUUUGCAGAUAUGAAAUGGAUUUCUGUGUAAAAUAAUUCAAACGAAAGUUGUAUCAAGUGAUGUUUGAUGCAAUUUUUGGAAGUUUGUGUGAGAGCACAGUUGUUUACGUGGCAAAUGUUUAAUGUAAUAUAUGAUUUAUAUGAAAUAAUAAUUUCACAUAUUGAGAAUGUAUGUACUAUGAAAAAUGAAAAAAAUCCUCACCGAUUCUUUGUGUGAAAUAUAAAGGCACCCAAUGGAACUUGUCUUUUUUAUUGCCAACCCCCAGCCUGACUACGUCAUCCUCUCGAUUCUUGACAGAAAAAUGAUGUAGGCGGGGCUAAAGUUCGGCUGCACCCAGGCUACCCCCUCCCCCCUUCAGUUACAGAGUAAUUGUAUUUAAUUUGUUCUGUCAUUUCCUCAUGAAAAAAAAAUCAUUACACUGCUCAAUUCCGUAAUAUUUCUUCAUUUGAACUAUAAAGGUAUCCGUUUCUUCAUUUGA